CGCCGACCAGCGCGGCGCCCGCCCUGCCGCCCGCGCCCGCGCCCGCGCCGCCCUCGCCGGCGCCGUUAGCUCUCAAUGGACCUACGUUACACCACCACGCACUCAACAAUGGGCGAGUGAGCGAAGCGUCGACGGCGAGCGCGGCUUCGAGCACGGCGCGCGCGGCCGACGCGGGCGGCACCGCCUCGCUCAAGAGCAUGGCGCAGGAAGCCGUGCAGCGAGCGGGGCUCGACGCGCCGCACCAGAACGUGCGGAGAGGCGUGUCUGUUGCGCAGGCGCACAUUCCGCCGUUAUUAGGCGUCGCGCCACUAGGGCCGUUACCACUUACUUCUGAGCACCAGCUACAGUUCCAGAUGAUGGAGUCGUCGUUCUACCACAUGCCGCACCCGUCGGACUCCGAGCGGGCGCGCGCGUACCUACCGCGCAACAUCUGCCAGACGCCCAUCUACUACAAUCAGGUGCUCCUGCCACACUCGGAGUCGGUGGAAUUCUUCCAGCGACUGUCGACAGAGACGCUGUUCUUCGUGUUCUACUACAUGGAAGGCACCAAGGCGCAGUACCUCGCCGCCAAGGCGCUCAAGAAGCAAAGCUGGCGCUUCCACACCAAGUACAUGAUGUGGUUCCAGCGCCACGAGGAGCCCAAGGUCAUCAACGAGGAGUACGAGCAGGGCACAUAUAUCUACUUUGACUACGAAAAGUGGGGCCAGAGAAAGAAGGAGGGCUUCACGUUCGAGUAUAAGUACUUAGAGGACCGCGACUUGAACUGAGCGCGCGGCGCGCCGGGGGCCACGCGCCGCCGCCCCGGGGGCCACGCCUCGCGGGGGCCACGCGCCCCGGGGGCCACGCCCGCCCGAGCGCGGGGGCCCCGCCGCCGCGACGCUGCCUCCAUUCCGUUGUACGACAGUAUUUUUGUAACGAUGUGAACGAUGUCUCUGUGGUGACUCAGUGAACUACCCGGCAUGUGUCCCGACGCGGCCGUCGUCGAGUGAACUUCGCAUUUCUGGCAGUUUUUUAUAUUGUAGAAAACGAGCGUUUUAACGAAUCGGCAUCGAGAAACGAGCGCGCGAAAGAUAUCACGCGACGCGAUGAUCGGUUUCGGCCGUUCGCGGGAUUAUUAUUAUUAAAAACAAUGUGAUAUUGAUAUAUAGGCGCCCGGGGCUCGCUCGCCUGCCGCCGGCGCCGGGCCGCUCGGUCGUCGCUCGCGCCACACUUUAAUUUUUCCCGAUAGGCCUCGUUAGCGCUAGAUGUUGUAAGAUAAUGUAGAUAAGCCCGUUAUAUUUGAUGACAUCACAGUGGCGUGACGCGACCGGGCCGCCCGCGCGUGACGAGUCUGUGACGAGUCGGACCCGCACGCUCCGCCACGAAAACCGCCCCGAUGGGGGGAGGAAGCGACCUAUUUAAAGCUGAGCCAGUGCCUUUCUUAUUAUUUGUCAUAUACACGAUUGCUGUAGGAGCUGACGCAGUAAAUUUGGCAGCUCAAAAACCAACGACUGACGCGUUUUGAACUGGCAAAUUUGGACACGUCGCUUCCGUGAUGGAAUGUAAAGAGUUGACUGUCCGGUGAAUGAACGUUUUUAUAAUACUGUAGAUUCGACAUCACAUGAAGAGGAAGUGGAACCUGAUUGGAAUUGCGCUUUCUCUCCUCAUCCGUUUCGGCGAGUGCGUGGUGUGCGGCCACGAUGAUGACGCUCGAAUAUGGAAGCCACGAGUCCCGCGGGCAGGCGGGCCGGUCCCUGGACUUUUGUUUUAAUCUUGUGUAUAGUGAGCAAUUUGGAAUAGUUCGGAAUUAAUUUAAGUGCUAACUCACGCGUACAGCUGAUGUACCGACAGUUUUUAAAAAUGUUACAAUAAAAUUGUUUACCACAUCGUAAUAGACUGUAUUUAUUGAACUGCGUGGCGGUUGUAUGUGAUUAACUGACGUGUUUGCUAUACGAUCGACGCACCGUUUUUAUAUGACGCGAUUUUGUAUGAAGCUCGUACAGCAGUCGUAUUCGUGAUUUAGGCCUAAAUAUAAAUACCGUAGGAUCUCCAGUGUGAUUUCAUUAGAUGCGCUAAGGCGGCGCGCUCUCUCACUCCGCUCCGUGGAACGUCAUCGAGUCGUGUAUAUUAUACAUUUAGUGCAUUUAAAUUGAACAAAAGCUUAAAUCGUAGCGUACGUGAAUCACUGCCACGCUUCUUGUAAUAUAUUUCGGUGAUUAGACUUACGAUAUUUAAAUUGUACUUAUUUAUUUUGUGAUAAAUUAUUAGCGCCAAGGCAGGGGCGGGUGAGAGAGCGGCCGGACUCGUCGAGAGCAAUACAACUUACUGCCAGACAGUACAGUACUCGUACAAUGGUACGGCAAUGGGCGGCCGGGGCCGUGGCCCGACGCGUCGCGUCGUGUCGCGCGGGGUCGCGUCGUGUCGCGCCGCGUCGCGUCGUGUCGCGUCGCGUCGUGCGGUAGGUGAGCGGUCGAGCGCGCGAUCUCGUUUAUUCCGUGCGUGAUAGUUUUCACUUUUGUAAAAAGUUAUCGUGAAAGCAAGUAUGUGGUAAAUAAUAAUUUAAAAAAUUAUCUGUACAGUUCUAUUUGUAUAGAAAUAAUAAAUAACGAUUAAAAAAAUUUAAAACA